AUGUCCGCCCAGGCGCAGGCCGUCACAGUCUCUCUCAGAGAUCUCCAGUCCGGCAAUGUCUCUUUUGAGACGCUGCAGCAGGCCUUUGGCCCGGACUCGCUUGGCAUCCUUGUCGUCAAGGAUGUGCCCGAGCAGUUCCCCAAGCUGAGACACUCAGCCCUCUCUUAUGCUUCCUAUCUCGGAAAUCUUCCACAGUCGGAGCUUGAAAAGCUCGAGAAUGCCCACGCAAAGUACCUCACCGGCUGGUCUCUGGGCAAGGAAACUCUCAAAAACGGCAAGGCCGAUACCUUCAAGGGAUCCUACUACGCCAAUUGCGCCUUCUACGUCGACGCCUCGCUCGAGUGUGCCCAGCCCACCGCCGAGUUCUCCGAGGCGACGUUUCCCGAGUAUCUGUCCCCCAACCUGUGGCCCGCGCAGCAUGUGCUGCCCGGCUUCAAGCCCGCCGUGACGGACCUCUGCCGCCUCAUCAUUGACGUGGCCGUCCUCGUCGCCCGCGCCUGCGACCGCUUCGCCGAAAAGGAGAUUCAGGGCUACCCCCAGGGCUACCUCGAGCACGUCGUCAGCACCUCCAACACCACCAAGGCGCGACUUCUUCACUACUAUCCCCAGGGCCAGGAUCAUGCCGCCGACGCCGACGAGGAUGACUGGUGUGCUACUCACCUCGAUCACGGCUGCCUGACGGGGCUGACGUCGGCCAUGUUUAUUGACGAAACGCAAACCGACACCUCGGUCCCCUCCACCACCGCCACCGACUCGUCUCUACCUACGCUGACCGAGCUGCCCGCAUCGCCUGAUCCCGGCGCCGGCUUGUACAUCAAGUCUCGCACCGGCGAGACGUUCCAGGUCAAGAUUCCCCGCGACUGCAUAGCCUUCCAGACGGGUGAGGCCCUUGAGCGCAUCACUGCUGGCAAGUUCAAGGCCGUGCCACACUUUGUGCGCGGCGUCAAGGCCAGUGUCAGCAAUGGCCGCAUUGCUCGCAACACGCUUGCCGUCUUCACGCAGCCCAACCUGGGCGAAGAGGUCGACAUUGAGCAGCACCUCACAUUUGGAGAAUUUGCACGUGGCGUCGUCACAAAAAAUACGGUAUCGUAA